CCCCAAGCCAUGGGGCACCCCGCAGCCUCCUACCUGCUUGGAGGUGAGCUUUAUGAGCGAGCCCUCGUAGCCCUGCGAGAGAAGAGAAAAGCGCCCGUCGCACCGGCCUCGCACCGGCCGCCCCUCGCCGCCCCGUGUCCCGCGGUACCUUGAAGGGCCUGAAGAGCAGGUAGAGCUCCCGGGGCUUGAUGUCCAGGGGCAGGCCGCUGACGAAGAGGGUCCUCACCUGCAAGAGCAGAGCCUCAGCCACCCCCGAGGCUGCGGACGCCGCCCGAGAGGAGGCCUCCGGAGGCCUCCAGCCCACGCUGAGCCCCGAGUGACCGGGGCCGUGCUUGCAGGGAAGGGGAAAAACGCUUCCUGCAAGGGUCAAGGGCUUUCAGCGAGCGUGACGUGCCCUUGUUCCGGGACACGCAGUGAGGGAGGGGUGUCCGUCCGUCCGUCCAUCCGUCUCAAGGCCUCGCCUGCAUUUUGUGCGCGGCCUCGAGAGAAAGCACCCGCCGCCACUUCGCUGCCUUCCUGAAAUCCAAACCCGCCCGAGCCUGACUUUCCGGAUAAUUUAGCCCCAUGGCUGCACAGCAGAUAGGAGAGAUAAAGGCCCCCGGAAAAAAAAAAAAAAAAAAUAGAAAAACUCCGAAAUUAGGCCUCACAAAGACGCGGCUUCUCCGCGGUAAUGACUUGUUUUCUUUGAAAGUUCAAACGCGGGUCGGCCAAGUCUCGAGCCGCAGAAUUGCAGCGCGGCGCUCGCCGAGGACGGCGAAAAGCGCGGAUUAUGGAGAGGAAAAAAAAAAUACAGCAAGGAAAAAAAAAAGAAAACAUGCCUUUUCGGCUUUCCAGCCCCGAAACGAGGGCACGGUCGGAGGCCUGUGGGGGAGGCCAGGCUGGGAGGGAGGACGCGGCGUCCCCAGAGCCAGUGGGGCAGAAGGAGAGGCUGCGUGGGGAGCUGCUGCCCGGCCCUCACGGGGAGCAGGAGCUGCUCCUGCAGGGCCUCGGGGCGGAGGCAGCCUGGAGGUCCUCAGCCUCCAUCCUCUGCUCCUGGUGGCACUCCUGGGGCCGCAUGGGGCAGGAGGUGGCAAAAUCCCUGCCCAAAGGGUCCAGGGCGACUCGCAGGAAACCUGUCGGUGGCCACAGGGACUUGGAGUCCCUGUUGAGGCUGUGGGGAGGCUCCUGCAGCCCAAGCAGGACAGACGAGGCAUUUUGCCCCGAUCCCGCUGCACCAACAUCUGUUCAGCACCUCCACGGUGCAGCGUUUCUCCACCUCCACCACCUGCAAUCCAGGUCAGGUACAGUGACACCGGCUCCACGGGCACAUGGUGGCAGAUGUCCCCCACCUCUCCCCGAAGGGACAGGGGCUGCGGGACCACCCGAAGCCCUUCUGCUCCUCCUGCUGCACCCCACAGCCCCUGGACAGACCGGGGCCACCACCACGCUCCCACUUUGUCCCCUCCAGGCUGUUGGUGUCCCGCAGAAGGUUUUCUCCUGGUCGCUGCUCCUCGCCCUGGGAAGCCAGCUCCAACCCAACUCCGGCACACCUCUCCCUGCCUCUGCAUCCCACCGCUGCUCCCUGCUUCUCCCAACACCCCGCCAAUGCUUUGAGGGACACCAGAGGGGACCCAAUGGGCACCGCACGCACGCCCAGGGUGGAUUUCAUCACGCAAGCAGCGACCGGAGGCAUCCAUGCGAUGUGCACGGCCAGCGCUCACCUCCCGGAGCACGGUGGCAGCGAGGGCAGCGCUGCCAUCCUCGUCCGCCCCUGAGGGCACCGAGCGCCCCACGCGAUGUCCGGCGCGGUCACGGUCCCCUGCCCCUGCGCAAACCUCCUCCGCUUUGAUACAGCCCCCAGGGACUUUUAUUAGGAGCCCCCCGGCCAGGAAGGAUCACAAAGCACGCUGCGAGGUGAGCCGGUUCUGGUUUAUUCCCCAAGCAGCACGUGUGAUACUCAAGUUAGUGCGCGGGACAGACAACAGAUCCACAGUGGGGCUGAGACGCUUGGCGGGCUAUAAAUAAAGGACACAAAUAAGCGAGAAAAAACAUUUUUGUUUUGCAGAAGGGAAUAAAGGAUGCAGAGACCAGCAGCUGCCUGCGUUUGUGCAGUGCUCAGAAGGACGGGACGAAAUCCCCAGUCAGCAACCAACCCCGGGAGGCUCUCAGCUCUUGACAGGUGUGGACGCGGUCUUCAUGGUCUUCUUCAGGUGAUGGUAAUUGGGCAAGAUCUUCAUCAGGAAAUCCAGCUGCAGCGUUUGGGGCUGGAAAGAAGUGGGCUGUGAGUUAAGGCUCGGCCUCGCUGCUGCCACGAGGGGAGCUGCAGGGAACAGGAGGUGGCACUCAGCCUGGCUCCCCACGCGGCACCCACCUGCGGCCGCUCGGUCUGCACGCGGCGAAGGCAGUCGGCCCCGUAGAUGACGGUGUUCUCGGGGAUCACCUCGUAGGUGUUGACGUUGCAGCAGGCCCCGAUGAUGCAGCCGCUCGUCAGAAUCACAUUCCUGCCGACAAAUGCUGCAAGAGAGAGAGCAAGAGAGGAGUCCCUGCAAGGGCCGAGUGCGGGCAGCCCCACUUGGUGCUUCAGCCACACGGUGCUUCCCAACCCCAUGUCUCUGCCCUGCUUCCGUCAGCCUUUCGAACUCUGCCUCGGGCUUCUGGGCGCAGAGCGCAGCUGAGGUGACUCUGGAGCACUUCCUCAAGCAGCAGCACCACUGUGCCCACACACAAACCGCCCAGCGCCGCCAGCCAGACCCAGCUCCAGCCCAGGCGGCUUCUGCAGGCGCUCGCCAGUGGGAGUGUAACUUCUGCAAUGCAAUCAGCUGCAGCAUGGGCACAUCUACCGCCAGGUGACUGAUCCCCUCCUGCUCCCAGCACCGACAGGAGCAAAACUCCGAGCAGGGCGAGGACAGUGAGCCUAAACUCACCUUGACUGGGGCAAGGACAGUGAGCCUAAACUCACCUUUCGACUCGAUGACGUUGUUAUCUCCCACUUUCAUGGCCUGCGAAUCUACAGGUUAGUGUUAAAGGAAAACGUAAAACAUUUUGCUUUGAUUUCACUAGGCAAGCCUCAACACCACUUUCAGAGCACACCCCUGCCCCUCGCACAGCACUGGGCUGCUGAUCCCCCGGGAGCACGGCAAGGAUACAGCACCCAACUUCAAAAACAUUGUUGGUGCCGAUGACCAUGGGCUUGGGCUCCAUCUGUUCGGUUUCUGGCGUAAUAUUUUCUGGGUACCUGCAAGGUAACAUGAACGGAUUUUAA